AUGAGAAUCACUGAUGAUCUCAAAAAAUAUAAAGUUGGCUGUUGUUUAAUGACAAAAUCUUUCCUGUCAUCAUCAGUAGAUCGAACAGUUGCUGAAACUUUUGCAUAUCAACAGAACUAUGUACAUUCAUCAGCCAGUCCGCAUUCACGUGUACAAGCUGAUGAAAAUUUGGUAAAAUUUCCAGCUAUUUGUACGUACAGUAUACGACACAAACGUACUGGUCUCCAUAUUGAGGAUAUUUUGCAAUAUCCAGUCGAAGGCGAAGUGUUAAUUAUGCCACAUUGUGUCUUCAAGGUUCAGCAGAUUACGAAAACCGUCACAACAGUUUUACCAGAUAACCAAUCAGUGGAUGAAAUUGUGUUGAUAGAAUGUGAUCAUGCAAAUCAUGCGAGAAUUAUGCUCUUUUCUAAACUUUUGAACGAUAUAAAUCCCGACGACCAAGAAAAGUAUGCCGUCGAGGAAAGGAGAUUACAUAAUGUUCUAACUCGUGAAUUAUAUGAAUACUGUAAAGAAGGAAUAGAAACCGUCGGGCAAGCAGUAGACAGAAAGGUAGAACAACUGAAAGCCGACGACAAGAAUAGAUUAAGGUACAGAAAAAUAAUGACGGAAGACGGACAAGAUGAUUUCGUAAAGAAACAUAUCACAGAAAUAAAAAACCUCAAAAAGAAAGAACUUGGUUUACAAGAACAAAUCCACAAGAUACAAACAAAAAGUGGUUUAAAGAUGCCGCCGGCAUCUCUGAACGUAAUGGACAUCCCGAUAAUCGCGUCUAGUACACUACCAUCCUAUGAUGAGUACGUUACAAGAUGGGAUAGUAUCAUAGCUAAAACCAAAUUGGAAUUGACAGAGGUAAUACUAAGAGUUAGAGAAGAAGAACUACAACAGAUUCAGAAUGACAUACAGGAAAAGGUAACCAUUUUCCUAGAGAAGCAUCAAAACAACAAGGAAUUAAUAGGAGAAAUAUUUGUAAAAAUGGAAAAUGAAACAAAAGAAAGAAUGACAAAACGGCAACGUUUUUUACAAAAAAAGCCGGAGAAAUAAAAAAACGUUAAAAAAAGAAGAGCCCACCGAUUCCCACUAUCGCUCCAUACGGUAUAUUUUUUUGAUGUGUUUUGGAUGCUUACUGUCGUAUGGAAGAUGGUACGGUUGCGCUGCUGGCUUCUGAUAUACUUUUGUUUUUAGCACUUCUCCUUCAAUGUUCAGUUUUUUAUGCUUCUUGCUGCUCGUAUAUUGAUUUUUUCUGUUUUAAUUCCUUCUCCUAAUUCAUGAUUGGUUGUUUUAGUAAAUUUAUCUACUAUCCAUCUUCUUUUCGUUUCUGGUUGUCCUGUUAUUCUGUUGAAUUUUUUAGUCAAGGUAUCAUUCAUUACGCUGCAUUCUUUUUCAAGUCGUUGUAAUGCUGCAUGUGACGCUGACAAAACAAAUUUAGGCCCACUGUCUAACAUGUGUUUUUCUUCAUUUUUCAUGUCUAGAAAUUUAUUAUUGGCUUGCGGUGGAAAGGG